AUGAACCAGCAAAGAGUCACCUAUGCAGAGCUGAAGCUGGCAAAGGUCUCAAAAAGGCCGCAAGUGAAACCUAAAAAGAGUAAAAUCUCCACUACUGGAACAGAGCAGGGAGUAACCUACGCAGAAUUAAGUCUUCACAAUGCUGUUCGGGAUCCUCAGGAGAAUGGCAAGUCCUGUCACCUCAAAGGCUUAGCAGCACCUACAGAGAAGCUCAUUGCUGGGAUCUUGGGACUCACCUGCCUUGUCUUGAUAGGCACUAUUGUGCCCAUGUGGCUUUAUACCCCUCCUACUAAAAAUCCACAAAAGAAUGAUUCCUCCACAACAACAAAUAUCCAGAAAGCAUGUCAUUGUGGCCCUUGUCCAAAGGGGUGGUUUAAGUACUCCAACAACUGCUAUUACUUUAGCGCUGAAAAAAAAACCUGGAAGGAGAGCGUCAUGGCCUGUCAGAGUAACAACUCUCAGCUGCUCUACAUAGACACUGAGGAAGAAAUGGUGCGGGAUGUGAAUGUCAUCUGCUCAGAGAUAAAGAAACUUCCUGGGUUCUCUAUUUUCAGUCACAGGGUCCCUUAG